AUAUCUUUACCUUUAUAUGUAGAGACGCGCGAAACCCGCUCAAUCAUGCUAAAAUGCGCAGUCCGUCAGCAUCCCAACUCUGAUCUAUGCCAACCCUUCCUUCCUUUUCCAACCCUUUAUACAGAGACCUCAGACCCUCUUCCUGUUGUUGUCUUGUGAUUACUUCAAUUCUACUUCUACGGCUAAACUGUGUCUAAAGCUACAACCAUAUGUCAUAGAAAGUGAAACAUUAUUAGGUAAAGAAAGGGGAGAAAAGGGGCUAGCAUAUAUACUAGUGCCUGUCAAGAGGUAGGCAGAGUCAAGAGGAAGUGGAGACUCAUGGAGGAGGGGAGGUUUCAGAAUUGUGGAGGGUUGGGUGUGAAAGUGAUGACUGAUGAGCAAAUGGAGAUGUUGAGGAAGCAAAUCUCUGUCUAUGCCACUAUUUGUGAGCAGCUUGUUGAGAUGCACAAGGCUCUCUCUGCCCAACAGGACUUUGCUGGCAUGGGGCUUGGGAAUCCAUACUGUGAUCCAUUACUGUCAUCUGCUGUCCACAAGAUAGGGUCGAGGCAGCGGUGGACUCCAAAACCAGCGCAACUUGAAAUCCUUGAGCAGAUUUUCAAACAAUGCAAUGCGACUCCAGGCAGGCAGAAGAUCAAAGAUAUAACCAGAGAACUCGCACAACAUGGUCAAAUUUCUGAAACAAAUGUCUAUAAUUGGUUUCAAAACAGGAGAGCUCGUUCAAAAAGAAAGCAAUCAGCCGUAGUGCCAAACAAUGGAGAAUCUGAAAUGGAGACAGAUGUUGAGUCUUUUAAAGAGAAGAAGACCAGGGCAGAAGACAGCCAACCUGACGAAAACACCACACCGAUGGCUGACCAUAUGUACUUCAACAGUCCAGACAUAGGAUUUGACCAGCUGAUGGGGAAGAUUGAAUCCCCAGGGAGCUGUAUUCCAUACUGGCAGAUGGAGCAAUAUGACUUGUUUGGAUGAUGUCUCUUUCAGAUCGAUAGAGAUGCUCCGGUAGAAGCUUGCUGAGUUCAAGGACGCUGAUAUUGAUAGUAAUAUAAUAGAGCAUUUAUGCAGCGAAAGAUAACAUGGUACGCAGAGAACUUACAUUCACAAGGCUUAUUAGGGCUUAGGACUAUCGUUGUGGCAUGCGUUUUACUGAUUGCCUAAUUCCAACCAUCUGGGUUAUUUAAGAUGAGUGAAAUAUCAUGGUAUUAGUGGUAGUAAAUUUUUUAUUUCUGAUUAUGUCAAGCUCUGUAUUUCACCCAUUUGAUUGGAUCUUUAUGAUUCUACAGUGCCUAGACCAUAUGCUUUGUGUGUAAAAAUUGAUUGAUUUAAUAGAAACCGAGCAUCAUGUAAAUCUGAA